GAACACAAAUUCCUUCAUUCUCACUUGAUUUCAGGAUUAUUUACAGUUAUGUAAUGUGUAGAACACAUGAAACGAGACAUGAGGCUAUUCAGAUUUCAGUUGCUCGGAGGAUCAUCAGAGAUUGAUUUGGUUGGAGCAGAUGGAGAGUCCGUACCGAAGCCGCAUGAACCAGCAUCGCUCCAGAGACACUGGAGUUCGUGGUGUGUCGGGUGGCCGGUCCGUAAUGAAGAAAAAGAGCUCUCACAAGCACAAACACAUGCAUCACUGCAGUCCUGCUGCGUCUCUCAGUGAAAGCAUUGUGGGCUGUCAAAUACAACACAAUUGGAAGGAAGACGUCUACAGUCCUGUCUCUCGGUGGAAGGGGACGGUACUAGUCCAAGUGUCUGUGAACUCGUCUCUGUACCUCAUCAAGUACGAUGGAGUGGACUGCGUCUACGGCCUGGAGAUCUUCAAAGAUCAGAGGGUUCAGAAUCUGGAGGUUUUCCCCGGGGAAAUUGCCUCGUUUCGGGUCAGUGACACUCGUCUUGCGGACCUGCUGCUGGGAAGGCCGGUGAUUCACCUGUUUGAGACGGACGACGGCUCCAAGGAUGAGUGGAGAGGUUUGGUGCUCUCCAGGGCUCCCAGCAUGCCUGCGUGGUUCUUCAUAACUUAUGAGAAAGACCCCAUGCUGUACAUGUACCAGCUGAUGCAGGAUUAUAAAGACGGGGACCUUCGUAUACUUCCGGAUUCAGAUGAUCCGGCGGAGGUCAGAGAGCCGGGUGAAGUGUGCGAUACGCUGGUUGGGAAGCAGGUGGAGUGUGAGAAGGACGGCACGCAGAGGAUGGGCACCAUCAUCCAGCAGGUUCAGGCCAAACCCUCCGUUUACUUCAUCAAGUUUGAUGACGACUAUCACAUCUACGUCUAUGACAUGGUCGGGUCGUGAGUUUCUGCUCAAGACCUUCUUCGUCAUCACGCAACAGCAUUUUCACUGGAACGAAAUCUGUGUUUUCAGACGCUUGCUUUUUUGUUGUUAAUAAAUGCAUGUUAUGUAGAAAUCUUCUGACGCCGUUUAGUUCCUCUUCUCUCUUCACCUGCUGUUAUGUCGAACACACAGAUGCGUUUGAGAAUAAAAUGAGCCUGUUUUGUUAGUUCUCUUGAGCUUCUGUCCUUAGACACAGAGAUAUAUUUUUAUACUGUGAGUUCUUGUUCAGUUCAAGUGUCUUUUUGGUUGUUUGCUGUUUGAGAGUUUCAUCUGUUUCCUUGUAGUGCCUUUCUCUCUUCUGAGAUCUUUCUGACUUACUGUAUGAAUGAAAAACAUUUAUCUUGAACAUAAGAAGUGCUACUUCAUAAAGAUUCCCUCUGCA